CCUCGCGCGGCUGCGCGGCGGAGAGCGGGGCGGGUCCUCCAUACCACGCCUGGAAUCCCUACGCGGGCUCGGCGCGCCAGAGAGGAUCUCGGCUGCUGCCAGCAUGACGCCGGCGCCGCGCACUCUGGAGCUCUUCUACGAUGUGCUGUCCCCCUACUCCUGGUUGGGCUUCGAGGUCCUGUGCCGAUAUAAGAAGCUCUGGAACAUCAACCUGCAGUUGCGCCCGAGCCUCAUUGCAGCGAUCAUGAAAGACAGCGGAAACCAGCCGCCAGCUCUGCUUCCCCGCAAAGCCCAAUACCUUCAAAAUGACAUCAGGCUCCUGGGACAGCAAAUCCAGGUUCCCAUCCAGUUCCCCAAGGAUUUCUUCUCUGUGAUCCUUGAAAAAGGAAGUUUAUCAGCCAUGCGAUUCCUCACCGCUGUGAACCUGGAGCACCCAAAGAUGCUGGAGAAAGUGUCCAGAGAACUAUGGAUGCGCGUCUGGUCACGAGAUGAAGACAUCUCAGAGCCCAAGAGCAUCCUGGCUGCUGCAGAGAAAGCUGGCAUGUCUACAGAACAAGCCCAGGGACUUCUGGAAAAGAUCUCAACACCAAAGGUGAAGAAUGAGCUCAGGGAUACCACCAACGCAGCCUGCAAAUACGGGGCCUUUGGGCUGCCUGUCACCGUGGCCCAUCUGGAUGGCCAAACCCACAUGCUGUUUGGCUCUGACCGGAUGGAGUUGCUGGCACACCUGCUGGGAGAGAAGUGGAUGGGCCCUGUGCCUCCAGCCAUAAAUGCCAAAAUUUAAGGAUGGCCAAGGGAAGCAAAACUACUGGAAUAAAAAAGUAGAUAAUCUGCUUACGCUUCUUCCACUGUGUGACACUAGCAUUCUGGUUUUCCUGUCUGACAGCGGUUCCUCUGUGGCCCUGGAGAUGCCGGGGAGGGGGACUGCGUGUUACAUCAUCUACCUUAGGCUCAUGACUGCUUUUACUUGCAUGCCUCACAAGUGCCUUUCAAGAGCCCCAAACUCUACUUUCUCUCAGAAUAAACCUAACAUCAUCAGGCAGAAUA